CGCAGUUGUGAUUUGAAGAAAACGAUCACCUCCUCAUAACUUGGAUGAGAUGAGACAAGAACAGGAAUGGCGUCCAUACCCAUACUUUCAUCUAUGCCACUUACCAAAUCAUCACCAUUACAGCCAUUAAUGGUCUCCGUCUCUGCAAGUCCCCUUCUUUGGUCAGCUUCAACUUCAACUACUACUUUCAGAAGGAGAAAACAUUGUCCACUCAGGAUUUCAGCUUCAAGUCUUACCGAUUCCUCUCCUCUGCUAAAAGCAGCUCACCACACUGUGGACACGUACAUAAGAAGUGGCAUGGUCGUUGGGUUGGGCUCCGGUCAAGCCUCUACAAUGGCGAUUCAGUAUCUGGGUCAGCAACUUCGUACAGGUGCUUUCAAAGAUAUUGUGGGAGUACCCAUGUCUGUUGUGAGUGCUAAUGAAGCAGCCAAGGAAGGAAUACCAUUAAAGGACUACCAAGAUAACUCUCAAAUUGAUUUUGCAUUUGAUGAUGCUGAUGUCAUUGAAGAAGGCACACUUAUUGCUAUUAUAGGGAGACAAAGUUCACGUGAUGAGUCCCUUGUCCAAGAGAAGAGUAUACUAAAUGCAGCUGAAAAUCUUGUGUUCAUGAUCUCAAAGAACCAGUACAAAAGUGGUUUGGAGGGUUCCAUUCCAGUUUUGGUUGAUUCUCUCAACUGGUUGGAGCCUGCUGAAGAAAUCGAUGACUUGUUUUUGGGUGAUGCCGAGGUAUGGCGGAGACCAUCAAUAGGACAUGCAGAUCCAUUAGGAGGUGACUUCCCAUUUAUCACUAGAGAAGGCCAUAAUGUUCUUGAUCUCAUUUUCACAUCUCCAAUACUAAGCCUUGAAAAAGUUGCAGAGAGCCUUGAUAAAAUUGAUGGGGUUGUUGAUCAUGGUAUCAUUUCCAAGUUCCUAUGUACAGUAGUAAUCGCAUCAGAAAGUGGGUUGUGCAUUGUUGAUAAUGUCUCAAAGAAUCCAGUGAAGGGAGCUUAAUUACUAAAUAGCCAACAUUGGACAAUCUUAUGUGGUUCUUGUUGUCAUUUCCAAAAAUAAUCUUAAUGUAAAUAUUUCAACAUCCAUAAUUCAUUUGCAAAAUAUUGAUAUUCUUUUAGCAGAGAGAGAAAAGUUAAUAUUGAGUUUUGGUUGUAUUUGUUGAAUCCUUGUACGCAAUCAACACAUAUAUUGGAAAAUUUUGUUGUAUGUGUGAAUAUUUAAAAAAAGAAAA